AUGGGCAAUCUAUUGAAACAGAGCAUCACCAGUGGGAAGACGUCCACGGGACAGGUGAGUAAAUGGAGAACCCAUUCAACCAAUUUUUAUGCCUCCCAAGAGCCGCAGUUAAAGCCUGGGUGCAUUAAUAUAUUGCCUUGCUGGUGUCAACAGGGACACGAGGUGUGUUUGAAUUUUCUCCUGUCAAUCAUCCAAGACAUGCAACAUCUGAGUCUCAUAUCUUCGGCUCCCCUUCGUGUCAUGCACCCGCAGUUAUACCGUGCAUCUAUAUCCACUCAUAUAGAGCUUGGGCAUUGGGCAGCCAAGCAAGGACUGGAUGAUAUGUGCAAGUUCCUUCAACAUUGGACAUCUGUCUACAUGGGAGCGGCAAUAAUGUGUAACAGGCAGUUGCCGAGCCAUCAAGAUCUGAAGUGCCCCCUGGAAGGUUUUGAUAUCCUUACUUGCAUAGGCGGCUAUGGCCAUAGUGUCAUGCAAUUGACCAACUUGGGCAUCAAGCUCGCUUAUGAUCCGGGUGUUAUGGUUAGCUAUUCUGGCUGGCUUGUGAGGCACGGUGGAGAGGCACAGCCUCGACACUUGGUCUGA